CGUCCUAGAUCCAGCCAAUCAGCAUUGAAUAACUAUAGCAGGCGAGCAGGGCCGAGGCGCUGAGUUUAAAUAGUCCCGCUUGGAUCGAAACUUACAGAGAAGAAUCGAUCCGAGGAUAUUGAGGAUUUUAUUGUUAAGAACAUGCCACGACAGAGAGCGUUAAAUCAGUUGGCAUGCAUGAGCCAGAAUUUGGAGGGAUCCAUGUUAUCCAACAAGAAGACCACCAACAAGCGGAAAAAGAGAGGAUGGGUCGACGAUAUGCUGAACGCAGAAAACACCCCGAGUGAUCUUAUUCAUCAGUGGUCCCCGAACCACAAGCAACUCUGCCUCAAUCCCAGGGAGAAAGAGAACGAUAUGGUGCCUUUCGUCCUUUCUAGGAGGUCCAGGAGAAGGAAAAAGAGCAGUACUGGUCUCUCUUGGGACCAUCUCCCAGACGAGCUCAUCCUCCGGAUUUUGUUCUGCCUGCCUCUAUCACAUCUCCUCAGGACCUCACUAGUCUGCAAGCGGUGGCGUCGACUGGCGUUCGACGAGUCACUGUGGUACAGUGUGGACCUGGAGGGGGUGACCAACAUGGCCGCCGCUCUGGAGCUACUGCUGAGCAGGGGGACGCGCCGGCUCCGCUGCCCUCGCACCGUCAUCCAGGAGCUGACGUUUGUCAACAUGAGCCCCGUUCACGUGGUUCAGAUGGAUCUCAGCCACUGCAACGUUUCCUCUGAGUCCCUGGAGGUCAUCCUCAGCCGCUGCUCGACUCUCACCCACCUCAGCCUGGAGAGCCUGGAGCUCUCUGACCGCAUCCUCCACCAUCUGUCCCAAAACCCUGAGCUGAUCGAGCUGAAUGUGGGAGGCUGCGCUGGCUUCUCCCCUGAACCACUUGGAAAGAUGCUGCAAUCGUUCUCCAAAAUGGAGCAGUUGAACAUAUCUUGGUGUGAAUUCGGGUCGGACCACGUGAAGGCUGUGGUCGCUAAUCUUCCGUCCAGCUUGACUGAUCUCAAUCUGAGUGGCUACAGAGAGCAACUUGCACAAGAAGAUUUGGAGCUGCUGGUGGAACGGUGCCCCAAUAUCAUAACAUUGGACAUCAGUGACAGUGUUUUCUUGCGGACCACCUGCAUCCCUACCCUUGAACAACUCAUGCACCUUAAACAUCUAUCUUUAUCACGCUGCUACCAGAUCUACGCAUCGUCACUUGGGGACAUCGGUGAGAAGAUUACAUCGCUGAGGCUGUUGGAGGCCUUCGGACUCGUACACGACGGACGCAUCUUCUCGAAGCUAUACGAGAUGAAGCGUGUGGCAGUCAACACCAGGGCCAUCUCCAUGGUCGCCCGUCCGACCCCGGUGCAGACGGACGUGCACUCGAUGUGGGACAGGAGGUGUCGGCUGCGGUUGCACUACUAGGACAAGCUCUGGAUGUACAAUCAAUACUUUUUGUCAUUAUGUUAGUGACGCAAUAGAAAAAAAUCUUUUAUUGAAGCAAUAUCUUUUUUACGGUGCUUAAAAUGUCAGUACAGGAACCUGUUCUCUAUUUCAAUCAGUUGGAAACGUAACUUUUUAAAAAAUAUAUUCAUAUUUUCUACCCGGAUGAAUAAAUUGAAGUUGAGGAACUGUUAAAGUCUACAUUUAGAAGCAAAGAUGUUUGGCAGGUAAACUUAAAUUACUUGAAUAUUGCUCGGUUUGAUAAAUAUUUGCUUCUUUAAAAGCAUAUGCCUGCACAGGGAAUGUGACCAAAGUGAGUGUUUGUGAGCAAGGCUUUUAAUAUUGUGCCACUCCUUUGGCAUAAUACUUUGACUUGUAUUAAUUCAGUGCAUAAGACAGAAAUAAUGUAUAUAUGUGAUCUUGAACGUACAAAAUGGUUAAUCAGGUUAACAUGUUUGGGAGAGGCUUAAAAAAAAUCUGUUUCCCAAAUCUGGUUUUAAUACCUUUAUUUUCUUUUAAGGCUGAUUUUUACUACUGCCAUUUUGUAUUUCUGGGUCAAGUGUUCCUAGUCCGAUGUACUUAAGUAUAUUAGAUGUCGUUGACAACUGAAGGUGUGCUGACCGAAGGGUACUGGCUGCUAAUAAAUAUUUUCCAUGUGCCUGGAGGUUGACUCCAUGUGGUGAAUGCCACUCUAGCUGUUAGUCCAUUUUGUUUGUUUGAAUAAAUUGUGGCAUUGUUGA